AGCAGUUACAACCCAGCUUCUGUCUGUCAGCGAUCCCCACUGUCUCCUUGGCUUCAGUCUACGGCUGGGGAAAAAGAAGAGGGGACAGAGCGUCGUGGUCGUGCGUUCCCCUCCGUGAGACCGACGCGUUGCCAAACGUCCUGACGCGCGUUUCUCUUCUCAGCGAAGCAGCCCGGACACGGCGAUUCUCGGGAUAAAACGAGCGACUGUUUCCCUCCGCGUUGCACCUAAAACUGUCAUACACGGCGAUUAAUAAGUUUGCGAAAAGAGCACCGACCGAGAAUCGCCUCAGGCAGCCCACGGCACUGAAGAGGAGAAAGUUCCCCACUUGAGGGCGAAAUCAGACUUUUUUGUGGACGCCAAGUUUGAAAAGUGCCAGGAGCCCCGGGGUCUGUGAGAUACAACAUGCAGCAAUGUCCAAGGAGGCAGAGUUGGAUGUGAGAGGCAGUGAGUGCGACACAGUCCCACCAGAGCCCAGCACAGACCCAGAACCGCCCAGGGCACCUCCAGCUAAGGCUAACGGACCCAACGGCACCGCUGGCGUUUGCAAGAGCAUCCCCUCCAGUAGCCACAGUAGCAGCAGCAGCAGCACCAGCAGCAGCAGCAGCAGCAGCAGCAGCAGCAGCAGCAGAAGUGGUCUGGGUGGCAUUAGCAUCGUUAGCAGCAGUGCUGAGGGAGCAGGCGAAAGCUCCAUGCAGUUCAGCACCAGACCGCCUAGUGCUGAGCAGCCGGGCUUCAUGGGGACAUGGCAGCAGCAGAGCACUGACAGCAACCUCCUCUACAGAAUGUCCCAGCAGGGUGCUGUAAGGCGGCUUCCUUUGAAGUGCGACAGGUCGACUAUGGGCCGAGACCUGGACGAGGCCAUUCGCUGCACACUGGUGAACUGCACAUGUGAGUGUUUCCAGCCUGGCAAGAUUCACUUACGAACAUGUGACCACUGCAAACAUGGCUGGGUAGCUCAUGCCCUGGACAAGCUCAGCACCCAGCACCUCUACCACCCGACCCAGGUGGAGAUCGUUCAGUCCAAUGUGGUGUUCGACAUCAGCAGCCUGAUGCUGUACGGCACCCAGGCUGUACCUGUCAGGCUCAAGAUUCUCCUUGACCGCCUCUUCUCCGUGCUCAAGCAGGAAGAGGUGCUGCACAUCCUGCACGGCCUGGGCUGGACCCUCCGAGACUACGUCAGGGGCUACAUACUGCAGGAUGCUGCAGGCAAGGUGCUGGACCGCUGGACCAUCAUGUCCAGAGAAGAAGAGAUCAUCACCCUGCAGCAGUUCUUGCGCUUUGGUGAGACCAAGUCCAUUGUGGAGCUGAUGGCCAUUCAGGAGAAGGAAGGUCAGGCAGUAACAGUUCCCUCCUCCAAGACAGACUCCGGUAUUAGGACAUUCAUUGAAAGCAACAACAGGACCCGCAGCCCGGGACUCCUGACACAUCUGGAAAACAGUAGCCCGUCGAGCAUUCACCAUUUCGAGAAUAUCCCUAACAGCUUAGCCUUCCUCCUGCCCUUCCAGUACAUCAACCCAGUCUCUGCCCCAAUGCUCGGCCUGCCCCCUAAUGGCCUGCCUAUGGAGCAGUCUGCUCUCCGGCUCCGGGAGCCGAGCCUGCCAAACCAAGGUGAACAGGUGGAGACCAGUGAGUCAGAUGUUUCCCUGUCACCCUUCCGCACAGGCCAGAGCCCUAGCCGUGGAGCCCUGGGAGCGAUUAACAACAACAUUGAACCCAAGACAGAGCCUAACAACAGGGCAUCACCCAUCUCGCCAACCCCUUCCACCCAGCAAGUUCAACAACAGCAGCAACAGCAGACACAGCUUCAGCAGCAACAGGGCCAACAGCAGGCCCAAAAUCAACCUCAGCAACCCAACAGCUUGAGUGACCACCAGGUCCACCACCACUUUGUAAAGGACGAGCAGUCUAAAACCAUCACCCAUCCUUCCUUCUCCUCCAAGAUGCAUCGCAUGCGCCGCAUGGGAGCCACUUCACGCAAGGGUCGUGUGUGCUGCAAUUCUUGUGGCAAAACCUUUUAUGACAAAGGCACACUUAAGAUACACUAUAAUGCUGUACACUUGAAGAUUAAACAUCGUUGCACCAUUGAGGGCUGCAAUAUGGUUUUCAGCUCACUUCGCAGCCGCAACCGUCACAGUGCCAAUCCCAAUCCACGGUUGCACAUGCCCAUGCUGCGAAAUAACCGCGACAAGGACCUCAUCCGUGCCAAUUCAACCACUGGCACACCUGUCAUCUCAAGCACCAAGAAUGGUGGCUUCACACUCACCAGCCCUGGAAGGCCACCACUGGGCUUCACUACUCCACCGGUAGAUCCUAUGCUUCAGUCACCCCUGCAAAGUCCACUGGUGUUCCCUUCCCUGAAGUCAGUGCAGCCAGUCCAGCCAGUGCCCCCAUUCUACCGUACACUCCUGUCCCCUGCUGACCUCGUCAGUCCUCCAGUGUCACUGCCCACCAGCCCCAUCCUGCCCACCACCACUAACAGUACUACCCUGAUGGACCAGCAACAGCAAAUCCUGGCAGCUGCGGCUGUGGCUUCCCAUAAUAAUGUUCACGUGUCAGAGGCAGGACCAAUGUCCCACCGCUUACCUACACCUACUGCCAAUCAGGACCUCACCAGUGGCAGCAGUGACCCCACACCCAAAAAGAAGCCUCGUAAAUCUAGCAUGCCAGUGAAGAUAGAGAAGGAAGUGAUUGAUGUGGCAGAUGAAUACGAGGACAAAGAUGAGGAUGAUGAUGACAACAUCCACCAAAAUCACCACCAUCACCAGUCAUCCCUACUUCACAACAAUAUCAAAAUUAACGGAAACUGUAACAGCAACAACAGUGGCAGUGGUACUGGGAACCACAGUGGUGGUAGUGGGCAGCAAUCCCCUUCUCAGGAUGAGAUGAGCCCUGGCUUAGCUCUGAGAGGCAUAAUGAGACAAAGUGAAGAUGAAUGCCGGGAAGGGACUGGUAGUGACAGUAGGGGUGGAAAUGAUCUGCGAGGCUCUGGUGAGCUACGUUGCAUGGACAGCUUCACCUCUGAGGACCAGGACCAUGAGAGAGACUUUGAGAACGAGUCUGAAACCUCUGAUUCGAAGAUGUUUUACCGCGAUGAGCUCAUGGAUGUGGAGGAACAGCAAAAACACAGCAGGGGUGGAAGGGGUCUGGACAAGGAACAGGAUGAUGAGGGUGGUGAGGAAGCCCAUUUGAGAAAGGAAAUGGAAGGCAAGGGCCAUUCCUCACCCUCCCCUCAUCAGCCCCCUAUCAAGAUCAAGGAAGAACUCAAUGAUCCUACUUAUGACAUGUUCUGUAUGGGCCAGUAUGGCCUCUAUAAUGGAGGCAUGGCAGCAGCUGCUGCCGCUGCUGCAAGUAUGGCUGCCCUGCAUGAGAGCUUCAUCUCUUCAAUGGGCUACGGUGCCAGCCCACCCAAAUUUCCUUCUUCUCAAUCACCGGAGGGAGAUCCUUGCUCAAGUCCUGACCCCAAAAUCUGCUAUGUGUGUAAGAAGAGCUUCAAGAGCUCCUAUAGCAUGAAACUGCACUACAAGAAUGUGCACCUCAAAGAGAUGCAUGUGUGCACUGUGGCUGGCUGCAAUGCUGCUUUCCCUUCCCGGCGGAGCCGAGACAGGCACAGCUCCAACAUCAACCUGCACCGCAAACUGCUGACCAAAGAGCUGGACGACAUUGUCCUGGAUCCCCAACUCACGCCACUGCCCAAGGACCUGCGAGCCGAGUUACUGGCCAAGAUCUACGCCGGGCACCACAUGGGCUUGGACCCUAUGGCUGGGAUGGGCAUCGGAUGCGCCAACCUCGGACCCACCGGCCUGAACCACAAUGCCCGUUCCCCCAUGCGCAAUGAAUAUCCCUACCACCCUCUCAACCACGACCUUAAAAAUCACCACAUAAAUGGCUUCUCCCAGGGCCAGCCAGAUGACUACAUGGUGCUGGACCUGAGCACCACAUCCAGUGUUCAAUCCAGCAGCAGUGUCCACUCCUCACAUGAGUCAGAUGAGGGCAGCGAUGAAGGCAUCCUAUUGGAUGACCUGGAGGAGGAGGAGGGAGAAGAGGAUGAGGAGGAGGGCAACAGCGAGGGAGAGGACUGUUCCCACCGUGCCGAGAGGCGAGCUGAAGGGGGGCAUCGGGAUGAGACUGGAGAACUAAGAGGAGAAGGACAUGGUGAGGGGUUGGAACCUUCCUCCUCACCAUUCCUCCUUUCGUCCAACGGGGGCAGUAAUGGUGGCAGCAGUGGGAUCCUCUGCAACAUCUGCCACAAAAUGUAUAGCAACAAAGGGACCCUGCGCGUGCACUACAAGACUGUGCACCUGCGAGAGAUGCACAAGUGCAAAAUCCCUGGUUGCAACAUGGUGUUCAGCUCUGUGCGCAGCCGUAACCGACACUCUCAGAACCCCAACCUCCAUAAAAACAUGCCCUUCUCUACAAUAAUAGACUAAAUAAUGACUUUCUACACUACCCUCCUGUCAGUCUGCCCGCUCCUCCCUUCAUUCCUCAUCCUUAUUCCUCCUCAAAUUAGCUUUUAACCCCAGCCCAGGGCCAUCAAAUACAAGCUUAGUGCUUGUAGGCCUCCUGCCCGUCCUCUGUAAGUCAUUGCAAGACAUUUCUAUGUCCCUCUAUAAAAUCAUUGACUCUAAAUACAGUUUAUUAUUGUGACCUUUGACUUUUCCUUCUUUGGAAGAACAAAAAAACACUCUUGAGUUUGGAGUUUACUUUAUAACAAAACUCCAGUUUGUUUUUUUCAUAUGCCCCUUCAUCUUUCCUUUCAAACUUCUCCCCACUUUGUUUUUAUUUACGUCUCCAAAGAAUCUAUUCAAACUCUUAUUUGUGACUUUGCCUGCAGAAAUGAUAGUAUUGAAAAAAAAAAAAAAAAGAAAAUCUUCUUGUUGUAUUUGUGUAAUGAUAGCUUUUAAAUGAUCCCCUUACAAAAGCAUGACAGCUUCAUCUGUAAAUAAUGUCCCAAGAGGCUUUUGGUGUAAAAGAGUUGUGUUGAUGGUUGUUUGCUUCUUUUUUCUCUCUCUUUAUGGUUUUAUGUUACAGUCCAGUACAAUACUUCCAGCUAUAGGCAAGAAAGAGGUAGCAUCUUACUAGCUUGAUUCAUUUAUGUUAGCUUCAAAGACAUGUUUUAAACUGAGUCCUAGGAAAAAAAGAAUAUCAUGUGAAUUGCUUUAUCUACUUGUUAGGUAUUCAGAGGUUGCCGGCAUGCUUUUUUAGGCUCCUACACUGAUAUCAUUCUCUGUAUUUCUAUUGAUUUUUUUUGUCUGUUAUGUUUAUGAGCUUUAGUAUACUAAUUCAGUUUUUGCACUUUGCAUCUAUACAAGGGGAUGUGUAAUAUUAUUAUAAUGAGGAGUUUUGCAAUGGUGAGUUUAGGUGUUGUUUGGGGUCAUUGAUGGCUACAGUGCCAAGGGAAAUGACAGUACCUUCAACAUACUUGUGCCAGUUUCUUUUUGCACGUGCUCAGUUUCAAACACAGUUUCAUAGCAGAAAACUUCCCUGAACAAAGCCUGAGAUCUUCCCCUAUCUCUAAAACAAUGUAUUCAGAAAGGGUCUCCAAAGUGUCUUGCUUCAAAACUAAUCCAGGUGUGACUGAAUAUAAACUGCUGUUUCACAAACACAAAAGGAGUUAAAUAUUGAUAAAGUCUCUCCUCUUUAUGUUUAAGGAGAAAUUUGUGUAAGGUUACAAGUUAUGAUCAAAAUAAUUACUUGAGCAGUUUAGUGAGAUAAUCUGUGUAAAGCAUGACAUUAUUGUGAAAUUCUCAAAGUUAGCAAUGAAGAGCUCAUGUUUGUUCUCACAAAAGACAUCUUAAUGAAAUAUGACAGUCCCAUAGAUUUGAAAAAAGAGAAAAAAGAUGAAAAUAGUCCUUCAACUGUGACCAAAACAAAAGUGUUUGCCUAAGAAAAGAUGUUUCAGUGUGACAUUGUACUUAAAUCAUGCCCCAUUGGAUUAACAUGAUGCACUUGAGUCUUAAAUCUUUUGCUGUGAUAAUUUUGGUAUCGGUUUCCAUUGCUGAGUGUCAGCUACAAAUGUACUCUCUGAAAAACAUUGCCAUUUUCUUAGCUGUUGGCUGCAGCCAUUUUUAACAUGCAAAUGACUGUCUUACGGUACAAAUAUUUCCAGUAACUGGGCAAAGUAGCCAUGGGAAGGGGUAUUUAUUGGUGGGUGAUGUAUCUUCAUGGAGAUGUUUUGUCCAGUAUAAGAAUAUUUUUUGUAAAAAGACAAAAAAUUGAUUGUUCCUCAGUUUGACUUGUUUAUCAACAUAUUAGCAAUGCCAUGUGUUACUAUACAAGGAGAUCUUCUCUUACUUGACUGGUGCUACACACAGAGGGAAAAAUAUGCAGUGUUAUGUGGUGUGCUGUAAAGUAUUCACAACACCUUACAUCCAUAAGUGUUAAGUUCCAUUUUUUUCAUACUUAAGCCAUUUUGCAAUAUAGACAUGACCUAUUCUAGUAAAAUAUUUCAUGUCUUUUUUACGACUCCACCUAUAUGACACAUGCAGUUUUCAGUCCUCUCUUCUCAGAGAUAAAGAGAGCAAGACAGAGAGCUGAGGCUGAUGGAAAGGUUGCGGAGGUGGAAGGCUGACUAGGGAGGAAAGGAUGACAGCAACGAUCAUUAAAAAUGUGCUGCUUCUCCGUUACCUGGAGGCGUCCCUGCCAUUCCAGCUUCUUCUGUCUAAUAUCUCACUUGUCACUUCGUUACACUGCUAGAAGCCAAGGUUGCUGACAUGACUGUGACACUGACAGAAAGAGAAAAAAAGGACAGAGUGUGUGCUCUGAACAAUUUAAUUUGACUCAUUCGAUUUAGUUGAAUUCUAUUCAUCUAUUCAUUUUCUACGUGUGCUUAUUCUUAUUCAGGGUCGCUAGUAAUUCAAUUCCAUUCAAUUCCUUUCUCUCAUUCUGUUUUUCUCUUUGUCUGUCAGAGCACAGUCAUUUAACUACCGCCUUACCCAUUUCUUCAGCCCGCCACUCACUUACCACCUCCACACCCCACAGCGCAGGUCCUACAGGGACACACACUAAUAGUGUAUGCUUAAGUUCACCGGACGGCCAUGGCAUAGGAAAAAGGGAUGGGUAAUUGCCUGUUUAUCCCAAGUGAAGGGAAAAUUGAGUACAGGAACCCCUGCCUUCUCCCAGGAGUGGGUUUCACUGAGGCGCUUGCUGCCUCAUUCACUCAUUCAAUCCCCCCGGCCCUCGUCUGGCAGAAAUAAAAAAGUGCUACUCCAGGAACCCUGCUGACAGCUGUCUCUCUAACACACAACACACAUGCGGCACGGAGGAGGAGAGUGGCACACACUCACAUGUGCUUCCUACUUGCAGGCCAGAAGGAUGACAAGAACUAGAUGACUUGUUAACCUCUAGUGAUGGAAGAGACAGAGGCAGGGAAAAAUAGAGUAUUCACACCACAGGAGGUGAAACUCUCUAUCUAGCAUUAACAUUAUAGCCUUUGCCACUACACAGAAAGCUAAUAUUCUAUGAUGGCGAAUGGUGAGAGCUAGCACUCAGUCAUGGAAAGACCAAGGCCCUUGUCAUUAUUAUUAUUUGAUUAUAAAUAUCCCGACAUGUUUACUAGCUAAUAAUUUGAGACAUUUUACCUAAAGAGGACAGAGAUUAAAUGAAGAAAGUCUAUUAACAAGGCCAGCAUAUUCACAGAUUGAAUUGAACUCUCUAGAAUUCAGAGAGCUGUACAUACCCAACGUAUUAAAAGUUAUUUUAAUAUAAAUGUGCUGUGCCCAAUAAGCUCAGUUUCUCUGCCCUUUUUGAUCUGAGAAGACACAAGUUUUCAGACUUGUUUUUCAUUUUUUACACAUUCCUUAUGUCCUGUUCUUUGCUGUCCAUUUCUCAAGCAGUAGCAAUGGUGCAUGACCUCUCUAUCUGUGUACUUGUGUGUGCCAGACAGAAAGCUGAAUAUCAUAGAAGAGACUCCCUUACAACACCCUUCUCCUAACCCCUACGGGCUCCUUCUGUGUCCUGCAUUGUGCUGGUCAUGCCAUCAGAGCUCAGAGCUGCAACAUGCUGGAAACAGCUGGGAAAACACACAAACGAUUGUCCAGCAUAGCCAGGGAGACAGACGGCAAGAGAGAGAGAAGGGAGAGAUGAAGGAAAGGGAUUGGGCGUAGGAAGUGGUCUGGCUGGAGCCUUGCGGCAGUCACUUAACAAGGCAGGGAGGAAAGAGAGGGAACACAGGGAGAGAAGAUACCGAAAGAGCAGUAGGGCCAGGACUCCUAAGGACGAAUCGCCGGCUUCUUCUUGAUUGCCUGCUGGAGAGCGAUCGAGCCACCCCUCACAUUUCCACCCCUCUCCCCUACACUCUGCCCUCCUCUGAGAAAUGACCAUCAAUUUCCCCCACUCCUCUGAGAAAGCCCCCAAUCCAAUCUUUGUCUUUCUUACUUCUCCAACCACAUGGGCCCAGGUGCAUUCUGUUACCUAGUGACCAGGCUAUGGGAUGGCAGGAACAUGUCACUUAGAGUGCUUCACUGGCCCAGACCACUGGAGUGAAUCUUUAAUAUUUGAUUAGAGGAGCGUCAGGCAUCAAUUAUUCUUUAAUUCUACAUAGCACACACAGGGAGAAGAAGAUGGAGCGGCUGACCUGUUAAUCACUGUCCGUUUUGUUCACAUCACUGAGUGAGUGAGGACCAGAGGUGACACGGCAUGCAAACUGUCCAGUUGAUGUAGCUCAUGGAACAAAGUGGGAUUAAAAUGUUUGAUGGGACAUCAUAAGAAAUAUGCAGAUAGAAGGAAAAAUACACACAUGCGUGGGUUUGUAUAGAUGCUUCAGUCUCAUAUGUUAUGCUCUAAAAAAAAAACCACCCUCAUUAAUUUGAACUGGAACCUGUGAAAUGUCAGUGAUCCUGAAAAAAAAAUACUGUAAAUUCAUGAGAUGUUUUCCAUUGUGCCGAUCAUAUUUUACAGUCUUAAAGUAUAAAUAAGCUUGAAGACCUGGUGAAUUUAGACUUUUUUUUUGUUUUCACUUGUGUUUUUGUGUAUCCAAUGCAUUUGUGUCUGUGUCUUAAAAAGCCCCUGUUAUGGCACUGGCACUCGACAGUGUUGCAUGGCUACAUAGUCGCACUGCAAAGAACAAACACAGCAGAGGAGCUUGUAUCACUUUGGUGUCAAAAUGGUGAUUUGAAAGCCUCAUGAAUACUGUAUGUUACCUAAACAGGUGUUUCCCAUUUGCAGACAGGAGGAAAAAAUGGUCCUCUUUUUAAAAGACUCUUUUCUUUUUUUUCUUUCCUUUUUGCCUUUCUUGUAUUUGUUUCUGUAUCAUAACUGUCUAUGGUUUUUGCAUAAAAUGCAUAAGGGUUUUGGGAUGUAAAUGGAAUUUUAUUCAUAUUUUGUCCAAAUACCUCUUGUAAUUUGUAUCAGAAUUCUUGUACAAUUUUUAUAUUAAAGAUU